GGUGACCGCGGGCGGCGCGGCGGGGAGGCGGCCCGCGGAGUCUAGCGAAGUUUGGCGGAACAUGGCGGAAGCGCCCGGGGCACGCAGGGGCGCGGCGCCGCGGCGGCCGGAGCCCGAGGAGCUGUAGCCGCCUCAGUCGCUGCUGCUGCCGCCGCAGUCGCCGCUCCACCGCCGCGGGGCGAGGUCGCCGCCAUGGCCCGCUGGAUCCCGACCAAGAGGCAGAAGUACGGGGUUGCGAUCUACAACUACAAUGCUUCUCAAGAUGUGGAGCUCUCCUUGCAGAUCGGUGACACAGUUCACAUCCUGGAGAUGUACGAGGGUUGGUACAGAGGAUAUACUCUCCAAAAUAAAUCUAAAAAGGGCAUUUUCCCUGAAACGUAUAUCCAUUUGAAAGAGGCAACUGUGGAAGACCUGGGGCAGCACGAAACCGUGAUUCCUGGUGAGCUCCCCCUGGUGCAGGAGCUUACUUCCACUCUGCGAGAAUGGGCUGUCAUCUGGCGAAAGCUCUAUGUGAACAACAAGCUCACCCUCUUCCGCCAGCUGCAGCAGAUGACGUACAGCCUGAUCGAGUGGCGGUCCCAGAUCCUGUCUGGGACGCUCCCCAAGGAUGAACUGGCCGAGCUCAAGAAGAAAGUCACAGCCAAAAUUGAUCAUGGGAACCGAAUGCUGGGGUUAGACCUGGUGGUGCGAGAUGACAAUGGGAACAUCCUAGACCCCGACAAAACCAGCACCAUUGCCCUCUUCAAGGCCCAUGAGGUAGCCUCCAAAAGGAUUGAGGAAAAGAUCCAAGAAGAGAAGUCAAUCCUGCAGAACCUCGACUUGAGGGGCCAGUCCAUCUUCAGUUCUAUCCACACUUAUGGCCUCUAUGUGAACUUCAAGAACUUCGUCUGCAACAUCGGGGAAGAUGCAGAGUUGUUUAUGGCCCUCUAUGACCCAGACCAGUCCACUUUUAUCAGUGAGAACUAUCUAAUUCGUUGGGGCAGUAACGGGAUGCCCAAGGAAAUAGAGAAGCUCAAUAACCUCCAAGCAGUGUUUACUGACCUCAGCAGCAUGGACCUCAUCCGGCCCCGCGUCAGCCUCGUGUGCCAGAUUGUCCGUGUCGGCCACAUGGAGCUGAAGGAAGGCAAGAAGCACACCUGCGGACUCCGAAGACCUUUUGGAGUGGCAGUGAUGGAUAUUACUGAUAUCAUACAUGGGAAGGUGGAUGAUGAAGAAAAGCAGCAUUUUAUUCCCUUUCAGCAAAUUGCGAUGGAAACCUACAUCCGCCAGAGGCAGAUCAUCAUGUCGCCCUUGAUAACAUCACACGUGAUUGGGGAGAAUGAGCCACUCACUUCAGUCUUGAAUAAAGUGAUUGCAGCAAAGGAAGUGAAUCACAAGGGGCAAGGACUUUGGGUAUCCUUGAAGCUAUUGCCAGGUGACCUCAGACAGGUUCAGAAGAAUUUUUCACACUUGGUUGAUAGAUCAACAGCAAUCGCCCGGAAGAUGGGCUUUCCUGAAAUCAUACUGCCAGGAGAUGUUCGGAAUGACAUUUAUGUCACCCUGAUCCAUGGCGAGUUUGACAAAGGGAAGAAGAAAACGCCAAAGAACGUGGAGGUGUCGAUGUCCGUGCACGACGAGGAGGGCAAGCUCUUGGAGAAAGCAAUUCACCCUGGUGCUGGAUAUGAAGGCAUUUCAGAAUACAAGUCCGUAGUCUAUUACCAAGUCAAGCAGCCCUGUUGGUAUGAGACUGUCAAGGUAUCCAUUGCUAUAGAAGAAGUCACACGCUGUCAUAUAAGGUUUACCUUCCGACACAGGUCAUCUCAGGAAUCCAGAGAUAAAUCGGAACGAGCAUUUGGGGUGGCCUUCGUGAAGCUGAUGAACCCGGACGGCACCACUCUGCAGGAUGGGAGGCACGAUCUGGUGGUUUAUAAGGGUGACAACAAGAAAAUGGAAGAUGCUAAAUUCUACCUGACCCUGCCUGGGACCAAGAUGGAGAUGGAAGAAAAAGAGCUUCAAGCAUCCAAAAACCUGGUCACUUUCACACCAAGCAAGGAUAGCACUAAAGACAGCUUUCAGAUAGCCACCCUCAUCUGCUCCACAAAGCUCACUCAGAACGUUGACCUGUUAGGCUUGUUAAAUUGGCGUUCCAACUCCCAGAACAUCAAACACAAUCUAAAGAAGUUAAUGGAGGUGGAUGGAGGAGAGAUUGUUAAGUUUUUGCAGGAUACACUAGAUGCACUUUUUAACAUAAUGAUGGAAAUGUCCGACAAUGAAACCUAUGACUUCCUUGUGUUUGAUGCACUGGUAUUCAUUAUUUCACUGAUAGGAGACAUCAAGUUCCAGCAUUUCAAUCCUGUACUUGAAACCUAUAUUUACAAGCACUUCAGUGCCACUUUGGCAUAUGUGAAACUCUCCAAGGUACUGAAUUUCUACGUGGCUAAUGCAGAUGACUCCAGCAAGACAGAAAUGCUUUUUGCUGCGUUGAAAGCCUUGAAGUACUUGUUUAGAUUCAUCAUCCAGUCUCGAGUGCUCUACUUGAGAUUUUAUGGCCAGAGUGAAGAUGGAGAUGAGUUUAACGAUUCAAUCCGCCAUUUAUUUCUUUCUUUCAAUACGCUGAUGGACAGGCCUCUGGAGGAAGCUGUCAAGAUCAAGGGGGCAGCUUUGAAGUACCUUCCUAGCAUAAUUAAUGACGUCAAACUUGUAUUUGAUCCUGUUGAACUCAGCGUGCUCUUCUGCAAAUUCAUUCAAAGCAUUCCUGACAACCAGCUGGUUCGGCAGAAACUGAACUGCAUGACCAAGAUAGUAGAGAGCACCCUUUUUCGACAGUCAGAGUGCAGAGAAGUGCUGCUGCCACUGCUGACAGACCAGCUCAGCGGCCAGUUAGAUGACAACUCCAGCAAGCCUGACCUUGAGGCAAGCUCGCAGCUUCUGAGCAACAUCCUGGAAGUGCUGGACAGGAAGGAUGUGGGCGCCACUGCGACACACAUCCAGCUUAUAAUGGAACGGCUGCUGAGAAGGAUCAACCGGACAGUGAUUGGGAUGAGCCGGCAGUCUCCCCACAUCGGGAGUUUUGUGGCUUGCAUGAUUGCCAUCCUGCGGCAAAUGGAUGACAGCCACUAUGGCCACUACAUCAGCACUUUCAAAACCAGACAAGACAUCAUUGACUUCCUCAUGGAAACGUUUAUCAUGUUCAAGGACCUGAUUGGAAAGAAUGUCUAUGCCAAAGAUUGGAUGGUGAUGAAUAUGACUCAAAGCAGGGUUUUUCUCCGUGCUAUAAAUCAGUUUGCUGAGGUUCUCACAAAAUGCUUCAUGGAUCAGGCAAGCUUUGAACUUCAGCUCUGGAACAAUUACUUCCAUUUGGCAGUAGCAUUUCUCACCCACGAGUCCCUUCAGCUUGAAACCUUCUCACAAGCCAAGCGCACCAAAAUUCUUAAAAAAUAUGGGGACAUGAGAAAGGAAAUCGGCUUUAGAAUCCGGGACAUGUGGUAUAACCUGGGUCCCCACAAAAUCAAAUUCAUCCCAUCAAUGGUGGGUCCGAUUCUGGAAGUCACUCUGACCCCCGAAGUAGAGCUCCGGAAAGCCACAAUCCCCAUUUUCUUUGAUAUGAUGCAGUGUGAGUUCAAUUUCAGUGGAAAUGGCAAUUUCCAUAUGUUUGAGAAUGAGCUGAUCACAAAGCUGGACCAGGAAGUAGAAGGGGGCAGAGGAGACGAACAAUACAAGGUUCUUCUGGAAAAACUGCUUCUAGAACAUUGCCGGAAACACAAAUACCUCUCCGGCUCUGGGGAGGUCUUCGCCCACCUGGUCAGCAGCCUCUUAGAGAACCUGCUGGACUACAGAACCAUCGUCAUGCAGGAUGAGAGCAAGGAGAACCGCAUGAGCUGCACCGUGAACGUGCUGAAUUUUUAUAAAGAAAAGAAGAGAGAGGACAUAUACAUACGAUAUCUGUACAAGCUUCGAGAUUUGCACCGAGACUGUGAGAACUACACAGAAGCUGCCUACACGCUUCUCUUGCAUGCUGAGCUUCUGCAGUGGUCUGACAAGCCCUGUGUGCCUCAUUUGCUUCAGAGGGACAGUUACUAUGUUUAUACUCAGCAAGAGCUUAAAGAGAAGCUGUAUCAAGAAAUCAUAUCGUAUUUUGACAAAGGCAAAAUGUGGGAGAAGGCCAUCAAACUGAGCAAAGAGUUGGCUGAGACUUACGAAAGCAAAGUAUUUGACUACGAGGGCCUUGGCAACCUCCUGAAAAAAAGAGCCUCGUUUUAUGAGAACAUCAUUAAGGCAAUGAGGCCUCAGCCUGAAUACUUUGCUGUUGGAUACUAUGGACAGGGCUUUCCUUCUUUCCUACGGAAUAAAAUCUUCAUCUACCGGGGAAAGGAAUAUGAGAGGCGAGAGGACUUCAGCCUGAGGUUGCUAACCCAGUUUCCCAAUGCAGAGAAGAUGACCAGUACCACGCCUCCUGGGGAAGACAUAAAGUCCUCUCCCAAGCAGUACAUGCAGUGCUUCACCGUAAAGCCAGUGAUGAGCUUGCCGCCCAGCUACAAGGAUAAACCAGUUCCAGAGCAGAUCUUAAACUACUACAGAGCCAAUGAAGUGCAGCAGUUCAGGUACUCCCGGCCAUUCCGGAAAGGAGAGAAGGAUCCAGACAAUGAAUUUGCUACGAUGUGGAUUGAACGGACCACAUAUACGACUGCAUAUACCUUUCCUGGGAUUCUCAAAUGGUUUGAAGCCAAACAGAUUUCAACAGAGGAGAUCAGUCCUCUGGAGAAUGCCAUUGAAACCAUGGAGCUGACCAAUGAGAGGAUCAGCAACUGUGUUCAGCAGCACGCCUGGGACCGGGCCCUCUCUGUGCAUCCCCUCUCCAUGCUGCUCAGUGGCAUCGUGGACCCGGCUGUCAUGGGGGGCUUCUCCAACUAUGAAAAGGCUUUUUUUACAGAAAAGUACUUGCAGGAACAUCCUGAAGACCAGGAGAAAGUUGAGCUGCUAAAGCGACUCAUAGCAUUACAGAUGCCCCUGCUCAUGGAAGGGAUCCGCAUCCAUGGGGAGAAGCUGACGGAGCAGCUGAAGCCGCUGCAUGAGCGGUUGUCUUCUUGCUUCCGAGAACUCAAGGAGAAAGUAGAAAAGCGCUAUGGGGUUAUAACACUGCCAUCCAACUUGACGGAGAGGAAGCAAAGCCGCACAGGGUCUAUUGUGCUCCCCUACAUCAUGUCUUCCACUCUGCGGAGGUUGUCCAUCACCUCAGUCACUUCCUCUGUGGUUUCCACCUCUUCAAACUCAUCUGACAAUGCUCCUUCCAGACCGGGAUCUGAUGGCUCAAUCUUGGAGCCACUUUUGGAGCGCAGGGCCUCAUCAGGGGCCAGAGCUGAAGAUCUGUCCCUCAAAGAGGAGAGCAGCGAGAACCGAAUCAGCAAGUGUAAGAGAAAAGACUGGAGUCUGAGCAAGUCCCAGGUCAUUGCAGAGAAAGCGCCAGAACCUGAUUUGAUGAGCCCAGCCAAAAAAGCACAAAGGCCAAAGAGUCUCCAGUUGGUAGAUAAUCGGCUAUCACCAUUUCACGGUUCUUCACCUCCUCAGUCAACACCCUUGAGACCACCUCCACUCACUCCCAAAGCCACUAGGACCCUAAGUUCCCCAUCGUUGCAGACAGAUGGACUUGCAGCCACUCUCGUCCCACCGCCGCCUCCCCCUAAAAGCAAGCCCUAUGAGGGCAGCCAGAGGAACUCCACUGAGCUCGCUCCCCCACUGCCUGUCCGAAGAGAAGCGAAAGCACCACCUCCUCCACCUCCAAAGGCUCGGAAGUCCGGCAUCCCUACUUCCCAGUCUGCAUCCCAGUAAGGGGAUGCAUACAGAGUGCCUUAGACAGCUGCUGCCUGAGAACUGGCCUCCAGCCAGUGUCCUCAUUCCACAGGGCUCCCUGCUGACUGCGUUUCCUGAUCUGGGAUGAUGUUUACCAGCUCAAAACCAGUUGUUCUUCCAAACACUUCUCUUUGAUAGAUGUUUGAGGCCAUGUCACCUCCCUUCCAGUCCACAUGGAAUUCCAGAACAGCCACAUCCUCUGAAUUUUUCAAAGAAGAGAUCGCAUUCACCAUUGUUAAAUGUCAGCCUGUACCGCAGAGACAUGGUGGUCUGCACAAGCCUGGACGAGUUCUUCCACACUGAUGGUGGAGCAACGCCUGUAAUCUACUGCUUGGAAGGAUUUUUUGCUUUGCUUAUGGAAAGCUGUGCUUGAGACUUAGGUAUUUUUCUCGUGCAAACACAUCCAUCCCAUCCUAUAUUGUAUCUUGGAAGAUAUGGACAUCAAAUACACUUUGGUAGCUGAAAUAAUCAUAUCUUUCUGAUGUCGACUGUGUCUCCUUUGAGGAAAAGAACACACGUUUUUAAUGGAGAUCGGCUGCUUUCAGGUACGUGUGGCUGUCAUUAUUGAAAGAGCAUGGACUCACAUGUGAGCCCUGAGUUCUUGCGUCCUCCCAUCUUCCAUCUUCUUGCGGCACGGGACAGCUGUUGUCUCCCUCUCCCACCACUUUGCUGACUAAUCGCCUUCCACGCACUGCAGCCACUCCUUCCCUAUGGACUUCUUUGAAGCUCUUCCUUUUGCACAUGCGGUUUUUUUGUCCUGUAACCUCCUCUGAGCGCAAAUCACUGGCUACAAGGGACUUAGCAGUCGGAUUCAGCAGCUUCUUUUCCAGACCCAGUUUGGAUGACUCAGCAGCCCCAUCUGCUACCUGAUUUUACCCUGGAGAAUACAGUGCAAUAUCUCCCUUCCAUUAUUUAUUCCUCUUGAUUGUGGAAUUAAUUUGAUUACUUGCUAAUGGUACUAAUCGUAUUCCUUUCAGAAGAAAAAAAUGGAGUGAUUUAGGUGACCAAAUAUUACAUACAUACAUAGCCACAUGAAGUUUGAGACGUUUGGAGCUGGAAGCCUCAAAGAUCAACCAGCCAGCCCCUUACUUAGUAGGUAAGGAAAUUGAGGCUACACACAGAAAACUGUACUACAGAUUCUAAUAACCCAGCUUGCUGAAUUAGACUAUACCCAGGUAACUUCUAGAAGACAACUCGUGACAAACUCUUUAAUAUUUACUCCCGGUUGGAACAAUAUUUGAAAUGUCCCAGAUAUUUCUAUGCAACUGAGAUAUUUGUGGCAAAGCAGAAAGCUUUUUGACUGUGAAUCCAAAGGCCAUCACUGGGCGAAGCUCGAUAGUGGUCUCUUCCACAACCUUGCCCAGAGUCCUUUGCACUAAGGAAGUGAAGAGAGCAGAGAAAGAGAUUUCCGCUGUCAGAGCUGGCAUUUGCCUGCCUGAUUCCCUGUGUUUCCUGUUUCACCGCCACCCUUUCAGUUCAUCACAAAGGGCAAGGAAGCAGAAAGCUUUCAGAUGUGUCCAGGGUGUUACUUCAGAAAUGUAUGCAGAUUUUAGAAGGGGUGUGGAAAAGGUGACCCUUUACCCCCACCCAGGAGAACCUUCAGUGUGCUAGCAUGGAAAUAUGACUGGCUUUGGAAUUAAACCCAUUUGGUUUCACAUCCCAGCUAUGACAUCUAUUAACUUUGCAAACAAACAGAAAUUAUUUGAGAUUAUCAGAAUCUUCAUUUUGUUACCUUUCAGAAUGGGGAUAAUGCCUCCUGCGUGAGUUGUUGUGAGGUUUUAGUGAGAUGAAAUACGGGAAGAGAGACUCACAUGAUGGUCCUUGCUUUUCUCUGCUAGGCCUGAGUAAGAACUGGAACUUUCUAAGAGCAUUACUGAUACUUUUUUUUUUUCUUCCAAGGUAGUUUGGAAUGUGAGUGCCAGGUAGUUCUGCACAUGUGGUCCUUCUCCAAGUGGUGGUUUCCUUUGGAGUCUUUUACAUGAUUAUUUAUGACUAGAGACAAACUUGAUAAGAACUCAAGAGGAUUUUACAUGGAAAGAACUUAAGCUGUAGAGAAAGGAGGAGCCAACAGAAAGGACAGGUAGGGCUUACCUAGAGCCUGGCACGACUUCUGAGAAGUCACUCAGCAGACCGGCUUGGGGGCAUUUGUACCACAGUCUAUUUUACAGGCUGCCAUUAAAAUAGAAAGAUAUAAACUGGGUCACCAAAAAAAA